ACCUAUUAAUCUCACCCAACUACCAAACCCUUCAUCCAUUUUGGGUAAUGCAUGUUGAGGCAGAAAAUUUAUACAUAGAAAAAGAUGUCAUUGAUUUUCUUGGAAAAUAACAUCAGUAGUUAGUACUUUCGUGUGUUGUAAAGAAAAUUUCUAUGAAAAAAUUUAUGAUUAGAUUAAUAAUGCCUAGCUACAGCCUUUUGAUUAGGGUAAAAAGUUCGUGGAUUUUGCACCAUUUUCUUUAGAUGGAGUUGGGAAAUUAGGAUGCCGCAAAAGCAGAGAGGCAGUUCAUUAGCUUACAGCUUCAUCAGCCUCCUUUCUCUUUGCUCUGGCCUUCUCAAUGCCUUUAGUUACUCCUACUCUCCUACUCCUACUACUGGCCUGAUCUUAUUGUUAUUACUGCUACCUCUUGGGCAUUGAAAACUGUGCUCUAGCUUUCACUCUAGAUCUUGUGUCUUCUGAUACUCCUGUUUUCUUCCUUAGCUUUGCCAUAUACAUUGGAAGUAAUAGCCUUGCGUCUGGAACUGUGCCUCCUUGCCUUUCUCCAUUUCCCUGUUCCAUUCAAUUCAAUUCAAUUCAAUUCAAUUCCCUUGGAUCUUUCCUUCUCCCAUCUGGGUUUCCGGGAAAAACAAAAUGUGGCGUUUCUGGAAAUACCCAUUUGGAAUUUUCUCACCAUAAAUGGCCUCCAUCCUUCUCGUUCCAUCCCUCUAGAGUCUAGACUUUUACCCUUCUGGGUCUUUCUUCUUCCUCUGUUUUAGCUCCUUUUUUUUUUUUUUUUUUAGAUUACGCGCUAGUUUUAGCUCUUCUUAAUCAGUUCCUCUUGUUGGUUUGGCUUCAGUUCUUGCUCAAGUUAUCCAUGAAGAGCUUUCGCACCAUUUCUAUUACUGUUCUUCUCUUUCUACUUUCUUGGGGUGGGUGGUGCAAUGGAGAAGCAGAAGCUUCGGCAGCUCCAAUGGAGGAAACAGAGAAGAAGGCCCUCUACUCUACUAUCCAAGGUUUUGUGGGCAACUGGUGGAAUGGCUCAGAUCUCUAUCCAGAUCCUUGUGGUUGGACUCCCAUACAGGGUGUGUCUUGUGAUAUAUUUGACGGCUUUUGGUAUGUCACUGCCCUAAGCGUUGGCCCAAUUCAUGACAACUCUCUAGAUUGUGCCCCAAAUGCCAAAUUUAGAGCUGAUUUGUUUGAGCUUAAACACUUGAAAUCUCUGUCAUUCUUCCACUGCUUUGUUUCCAACCACCACCAUCCGAUGCCAAUCCCUACUGGUAACUGGGAAGCACUUGCCGGCAGCGUAGAGUCACUAGAAUUCCGAUCAAACCCAGGUCUCAUUGGACAAAUUCCCACUUCAUUUGGCAACCUCAAAAGGCUCCAAUCCUUGGUGCUACUCCAAAACGGAUUAACGGGCGAAUUACAGACAAACAUUGGCAGCUUAACCAAGUUAAGGAGGCUCGUCCUGUCUGGCAACAGAUUUACAGGCCAAAUCCCAAUUACAUUUGGUGGGUUGGCUGAGCUCUUAAUCCUUGACUUGAGCAAAAACUCACUGUCAGGGCCUUUGCCACUGACUUUUGGAGGGUUGACUUCAUUACUGAAGCUGGACUUGAGCAACAACAGAUUGGAGGGGCAAAUUCCAUGGGAAAUUGGCAGGUUGAAGAGUCUAACUCUGUUGGAUCUCAGCAAGAAUCAGUUUUCAGGUGGAUUGACCAAAUCCCUUGAAGAAAUGUGUUCUCUAGAAGAGCUGGUCUUAUCGAACAACCCAAUAGGUGGAGAUCUAAUGAAAUUGGGGUGGCAAAAGCUGGAAAGGCUGAUGGUUUUGGACCUCUCCAACUUGGCCUUGGGAGGAGGAAUUCCAGGCUCCAUUACUGAGCUGAAGAAGCUGAGAUUUCUGGGUCUCAGUGACAACAAUCUGACUGGCUAUAUCUCCCAAAAACUUGCUGACUUGCCCAGCAUUAGUGCAAUCUACCUUAAUGGUAACAACCUGGCUGGAGAGCUCAAAUUCCCUGAAUGGUUUUAUGGAAAAUUGGGAAGGCGUUUUGGGGCUUGGAGCAACCCCAAUCUCUGCUACCAAGAUGGCUUGGUGUCACAAAGCCUUGCCCCAAUUGGAGUAAGAUUUUGCGAGCAAGAGGUCACUUCCCAUGAACUUGACAACCUCAUUGCAAUAUCUAAUUUGGGUAAUGGAAACGCAAAGCAAAACUCCCAGUUCAUGGCCUCUGGGGGAUUCUCAAGAUAUGCUGUUGAUGGGUUCUGGUGUUUAUUUCUGUUGGAGGCAUUGAUGGCUCUUGUAACUCUUUGAUUUCUCUCUACAAGAUCAAAUCAACCGAGAACAAGGGCAGCUUCAGAGUGAUAGAGGCUGAAUCGGCUGAUGAUCUGAUUUGGGAUAUGUGCGAGAUGUUCUGGAUCUUUGAUCAUUAAUGGAAUGGAUGGGCGGCUGAAGAGUGAUGACUUUUAAAUGCAUCGAAAGUGAAGCUUUAGGCAUAGACCAGUGGUUAUGAGGGUCUAGUUUGUACCAUUAAGUAGGUUCUGGCUUCUGCGUUGCAGCUUGUACUGUAUAAAGUGCUCUUUUUUUAUGCUUAAAGUUGGGGGAAGAUGAUCAGUUUAAGGCACAUGCAAAGAUGAACUGCUGCAAAUUUAUGAUAAUUAAAGAAUAUCAUAAAUUUAAGCAUCUUUGAUGUUACAGCAUAUGUUUAAUUUAUCACUUAAAAA